GCUUCUUUGUGUCUGGCCUCAGCGGUGGAGCCAUGGACUCGGAUAAUCCCCUGCAGCUGCCGGAGGGCUCUCCCGUCUCGCUCAAGGUCGUGCCGGACAUCCCCACCGUGCAACACAAACUCCACCACCCGGGCCACGAGUUGGGCCACGACCCGGGCCAUGAGCUGGGUCACGUGGAGGGCCAUGAGCCAGAUCACGUGGAGGGCCAUGAGCCGGGCCGCGUGGAGGACCUCGUCAUCACGGAGGACACGGACGGCGCUCACGCUCCCAGCGACCACAGCCAGCAGAGCCAGGAAGUGAUCUCGGAGUUCGGGGGACACGGCAACGGCACGAGCCGCGAGCCCGGCCGCUCGGAAUCCGGCUCGGGGAGCCGUGACCUCGGGGGUGGAGCGGAGGAGGAGGAGCAAGAGGAUGAGCAGGAGGUGUGGGCGAGCGCGGAGGUUGGUGGACGCGCCGAAUCGUCGCCCCGACUCGACCCCCGGCACCGAUGGGAAGAGCCACCGCCGCCGCCGCCGGCACCGGAGCGACCCGGCGCGGUGGAGGAGAUCCGCUCUCGCGUGAUGGACUCGGCGGACUUGUUUGGGGCGAGCCAGCCGGAGCCGGAGGCCGCGGCGACGUCGCCCGUCCGCGGGAAGUCGCCCCGCAAAGUCUACCUGGGCUUCGAGGUCUCUGAGGAGGACGUGUCGAGCCACGACGAGGCGGCUCGCCUCGUGCCGCGGCUGCGCAAGCGCCAGGCCCGGGCCGCCGCGCCGGCCGCCCGCACGCUCGGCCGGGCCGACGGCGGCGGCGGUGACGACGUAGACGCCGCAGCGGAGGAGGAGCGGAGGGGCGGCGGUGGCGCUGGCGGCGGCAGCGGCGGCAUCAUCAACAAGUGCAUCCUCGCCAUCCUCGUCGUCCUCGCAGUCCACAUGCUCUUCUCGCGGAUACUCGGCCUCUUCCUCCCCGGCGACGACUGGGCCAGUGACGGUGACGACGGCGGGUUCCUGGCGGGCGACGAGGCGGAGACUCCACAGGAACAGCAGACCUACUGGUGGAACAUCUUCGGCGGUGGUGAGCCGGACGCGGCGGAGUCGGCGCUGCCACCGGAGCCGGGGGCACCUGAGUCGGCGUCGUCGUCGUCAUCGUCGUCGUCAUCGGCGGAGGAGGAGGAGCGCUCACGGCUCUUGGAUGUCGCCGCACGGAGAGGCCCCAAGUUGGCGGGCGACGAACGGCCGGGCGACCCCGAGGGGGGUAACGCCGACGGCGCCGCCGAAGACGCGAACGUCUCGGACGGCGUCUCGGAUUCCGACGAAUCGGAGGACGAAGAAGAAGAAGCAGAAGCAGGAGGCGGCGCGUCACGCGGGGCGACGCCGCAGGCUCCCGAGGCCGGCCCCACGCGCCCCGCGAGGCCUCCGCAUCGCGGACGCUCCCCGGGGGAAGGCGGCGAGGCCGGCGAGCGGGCCGGGCGGCCGCGGUCGGGCGGCGAUUCCCCCGACGGCUCGCGACGGGGCGGCGGGGAGGGACGGCGAGUGCCGGGGAAGCCCGGCAAGGGCGGCGGCGGCGGCGGCGGAGGGGCGUCGGCGCAUCCGCACGAAGACGGCCGCCGCGACGAGAGGGGCGACCGCGGCGAGCGGCAGAAGCGUCACGGCCCCGAGGGACGUGCAGCCGCCCGGAGCGAGCGUCACGGCAAACGGCGGUCGCCCCCCGCGCACGAGGAGGGCGACCGGGGGGCGGAGAAGCGGGAGAAGCAGCGGCGGCGGGAGAAGCGGGAGAAGCGGUUCCACGUGCGUGCCCCCGAGAACUGCAGCGGCGUGGAGGCCUGCGCCGCCCAGGAGUUCCUGCGCCUCUUCGGCAAGUCGCGGGGCCCCGUGAGCGCCGGCGACUUCGCCCCGCUGCUCCGGGCCUACGCCGACAGGCUGCGGGGCUUCCGCGGCUGGGAGGAGCUGGACCGGCGCGUGGCGCCCUACUUCUCGCCCGCCACGGGCCUCUUUGCGCACGAGCGGGCGCUCUUCCGCGACUUUGUGGAGGCCGUGGAGCACUUCCUGGAGGACCACGCGCAGCAGGAGCUGGGCUACCGCGACGACGACGACCUCGGCGAGGAGUUCGACGACUUCCUCUUCCGCGGCCUGCUCGGCGACGAGGACUACGAGCGCUCGAAGAAAGCGAAGAAGCAAAGAACCAAGGGGGAGGCGGACACCAAGUCAAGAGGACGCUAGCGGAGGGCUGACGCCGUGGCUGCUCGCACGUCUCUCACCUCCUCCUCACCCUCCUCGCCCUCCUCGCCCGCCUCACCCUCGGCUAGACGCCUUGCCUUAGAACAACAGCGCGACCUCUUGACCUGACCCUGGGCUUGCCCUAUCAGGGUGGAGAGAGCGAGAGAGAUUUAAAGCACCCAUCCCAUCGCGGCGUCACGUAGGGGAGACUUUCAUCCAGCUGUGCGUUAAUCACGGCUGAUGAUGAUGACGACGACGACGAUAAGACCACCAAAAGGGGUUGGAGGGUGGUGGGGGGUUGGUGGGUGCGGUAGACACAGGUCAGCCACUGCAGGAUUGGGGUUAGGGGGGUGUCGGCUACAGAGCCCUGCUCGGCCACUGUGGGUCGCUCUAAGUGCUCGUGUGUUCGGUCGGCUGGUGCGCUUCGUGAUUCGGCGUGCGAUCGGUGAUUCUGGUUCGCCGGUGUGGUUGCAAUGGCGUGACGAAUGCUGGGCAAGCGGGUUGGUGAUGUCGAUAAACCCUACGGGCAGGGCAGGGAUGGGUCGUCUGGUUGGCCUGGUGGGUUCUGGGAUAGUGGCACAGCUGGUAUCCCUGGCCAGCUUGGUAAGUGUGCGUGGGUAGAGGGCAGAGGGUCAGGUCGGCCGGCGUGAGAGCGAGGUUGGCCAUCGCGAACUCGCGAAGCUAAUUAACGUCGCCCAAUCUCCCCCCCCCCUCCACCUCCCCCCUCCCCCCAUCACCACGUUGCCUUUUCAAUCCACAAGAAUGGACGUCAAGCCGAGGAGACGUACACUUUGGUAUUGGCGGCGUCAUCUCGUGGCACAAGGCUGCCACAGAUGAUCGUUAACGUCAUUAUUAUUGUUGUAGUUGUGAUGAUAAUUUACUAAGCUUGUUUUGUCCGGCAAAGCCUCACCGAUUAUCGAGACUCCUUGAUCAGGACGCUCCUGUCAACGAUUAUUAGUUCACUUGUUUUUCUCCUUCCCAGUAGGGGAUGACGAUUGCUGCUGUUGUGUUUCCCCCCCUCCCCUCCUCUCUCCUCCAGAUGGAGUAGUUUCUGUGAGAGCACUUUUAUUUAAAAUUAUAAUAAUAAUUAUUAUUGUCUGUCUGUUUAACCACGUGGGCUUUAUAUUAGUGCGUGCCGUUGAACCCGCCACCACCCGACACGGCCGAAUAGUGAGAGCUUGUGAACAGCACGUGGUAACGUACCGGUGUGCUGGACUAGCGACGAAUUGGCCGCGUUCUGUUCACGUGACAACCCUCACUAAGUUGUUGGCCGUGCCGGGUGGUGGCGGGUUUAACGACACAUUUAUAUACUCUUAGUUCUGUCGGUAAAGUCACGUAGGUAAAAAAUUUAAUUAAAAUUAAUAAAAAUAAAACGAUAAAAUCACGACGUUUCGGAGGCAACACAAGUCUCCGUCAUCAGGUGGGACCGUCACAGCCAGAUUUGCUGCAUAAAAAAAAAAAUCUGAUUUCCUGUUUUCACUUGAUGCAGCAAAUCUGGCUGUGACGGUCCCACCUGAUGACGGAGACUUGUGUUGCCUCCGAAACGUCGUGAUUUAUUUUUUAUUAAUUUUAAUUUCAUUUUCUUGGUUCUUUCGGUAAAGUCACGUGACUUUUUUACCGAAAGAACCAAGAAGAUGAAUCCCUGCAGUCACGAAAGCUUUAAAUCGAAAUUUUAAUUUCAUUUUUUACCUACGUGACUUUACCGACAGAACUAAGAGUGUGAAUCCUUGCAGUCACGAAAGCUUCAAAUCUAGACACAUUUAUAUAUUCACGCGGCGCCGGUGGCGACACGUGCGGGCGAAGCGAGCGGCGCGUGGUAUCGUGUCGUCACAGGAGGUGUGUGGCGGUGUUUUGUUGUUGUUCUUUACCCCCGCGACGUCAACGACGAUGGUGACCUCCGUGGAGUUGUGUCACCAAGGUACGCGACGUCCACCCCCCCCCCCCCCCCCCCCGUGUAGUAGUCUGGCCGGUAAGGGGGUGGACAAUGUUGGUUGCUGGGUUUUUUUUCUGUGCCCAUUUCUUGUUUUUAAAAUAAUAAAAAUGUGGCCUGUCA